AUGUCCACUUCUCGGCCAGAUAUUGCCAUUGUUGGAGGUGGUCCUGCUGGAUUGACAAUUGGCCUUCUGCUCCACAAGAGAGGCAUUCCAUACACGAUAUUUGAGCGCCGCCAGAAGCCCACCGACGAAGAACUAGCCAAGCCUUCCGGCAUGCUCGAUCUCCAUGAAGAAUCCGGUCUAGCUGCUAUCCGUGAGUGCGGGCUAUACGACCAAUUUCUCACGUUUACUGGUGAGUGCUCCGAGGCAGACAGAGUCUCGGACAGAGAUGGCAACAUCCUGUAUGAGGACAAAGGGGAGAUGAGCCAUCGCCCCGAGAUCUCCCGCCACAACCUCACAAAGCUCCUGGCUUCGCAUUUGCCGGUAGAUUCGAUUCAAUGGGGACACAAGCUCCUCUCAGCUUCUCCACAAAGCGACACCAAGCAGACCGUGCUUGACUUUGGUAUCCACGGCAAGCAUGCUUUCAACCUGGUCAUUGGUGCGGACGGUGCCUGGUCCAAUGUUCGCAAGAUGUUGACAGAUGUGAAGCCGCAAUACGCAAGCAUACAGAGCAUUGGCGUGACAGUCCGGAAUAUCACAACCGAAUACCCGCACCUGGCAGAGUUUGUCGGCGAUGGCAGUUUCGCUGCGCUCGGUAAUCGGCAUGGCGUCAUGUCUCAACGCGGAUCGCAAGACUCGGCCCGCAUCUAUGUCUUCCUCACGCAUGAAGAUGAGCAAUUCCAUAUCUCAUCAGGAAUGGCGGGCCAACCGGCUACAUUUGCUAAGGACCGACUCUUGAAGGACGACGCACUGCUUGGCCAAUGGGGUCCCAUCCUCAAGGAGCUAGUGACUGUCGCAUGCGACGAGGAGGCUGCUGACAAUCCAGGCACCCCGGUGGAGAUUAGGCCGAUCUAUAUGCUUCCCCUUGGUACUUCAUGGGAGCACAAUCCCAGCGCGACGGUCAUUGGUGAUGCAGCGCAUUUGAUGUGUCCAUGGGCUGGCGAGGGAGUUAAUGUGGCCAUGUGGGACUCGCUGUUGCUCUCUCAUGCAAUUAUCAAAGCAUAUGAGGUUUCCGGACAAGGAAAUACUUCCUUCCAAAGCGCACUGGCUCCAGCGAUGAAGGAUUUCGAGGUGGAGAUGGUGGCUCGCGCAAAGGGGUUCUCAGAGGAAGCCGUUCAGAACGGGAAGAUGUUAUUUGGGGAGGAUGGUGCGAAGGCUUUCGCCGGAUUCUUUCUCAGCAUGCAGCAACGUAUUAAGAAUGCACAGCGAUAG